AUGUCCCUAUUGCGCGAAGCUGAGAAAUGUGUCGCUAACCAAUACACACAUGGUAUCAAUGCAUUCAUAACACCGCUAUCACGCACGGGGCCAUGGCUGGACCGCGUGAAGGAAGCAGAUGCGCGCAAGGAAUCAGGCAAGCCUAAAUCCGCCGUCGAUGGCCGUUUGAUCUCUAUCAAAGAUAAUAUCUGCACACGCGACAUGCCAACAACAUGUGCAUCAGGUAUCCUGGAUAAAUUCAUGAGUCCGUUCAAUGCUAGCGUUGUCGACGAAUUGGAGAAUGCCGGUGCAAUCGUUGCUGGGAAAACAAAUCUGGAUGAGUUUGGAAUGGGAUCCAAUUCGAUCAACUCGCAUUUUGGUGCUGUUAAGAACCCGCGUCGUGAUGGGAGUGGGGAGCACCUCUCUGCUGGUGGGAGCUCCGGUGGAAGUGCUGCUUCGGUUGCCGCCGAUCAAUGCUAUGCCUCGCUGGGUACAGACACUGGAGGCUCCGUCAGACUUCCGGCUGCGUACACCGGAACAGUGGGCUUCAAGCCAUCAUACGGCAUGAUCUCACGGUGGGGUGUGGUAGCGUAUGCCAAUUCCCUGGAUACAGUUGGUAUUCUGAGCAAAACCACCGCUAGUGUACGGGAUAUCUUCGGUCUCCUGAACAAGCACGACCAGCGCGACCCAACCAACUUAUCCAUUCAAUCUCGCGCACGCAUCAAUGCGUAUCACCAAACCCCACGCCUCGCCUCACGACUAACAUCAGCGCCCCUCCGAAUCGGCGUACCAAUUGAAUAUAAUGUGUCCGAACUAACACCGUCGGUCCGGCGAGCAUGGAUUCUAUCUCUAGCCCACCUCCAGAAACAAGGCCAUACAAUUCACCCAGUCUCUCUACCUGCCACAAGACACGCCCUCUCGGCAUACUACAUCCUAGCGCCAGGCGAAGCAUCCUCAAAUCUAGCAAAAUACGAUGGUGUCCGCUACGGCACUCGCGCCGAAGGCCCAGACGGCGACGGCAAGCCAGAAGGGUAUCUCUACGCCAACACGCGCGGGCAGGGAUUCGGAACCGAAGUCCAGAGGCGAAUUGUGCUAGGCACGUUUUCUCUCAGCGCCGAUGAGAUGGACAACUACUUCAUCCAAGCCCAGCGUGUUCGGCGUCUUGUUCAGCAUGAUUUCGACUCUGUUUUUUCCGCUCAACAUCCGCUGCAUGUGACUGCUUCUCGGGAUGCACAGGACGAUUCGGAAACGCACCCUGAUGUGGAUGUUUUGAUAUGUCCUACCGCGCCUUCUUCCCCGCCGCGCUUGUCGGAUUUGAUGGAUCCUAAGAAGAAAUCUUCUCUUGAUGCCUAUGUCACUGAUGUAUUUACCGUUCCGGCCAGCCUGGCUGGUCUACCUGCCGUUUCGGUGCCUGUCACCGUACCUGGGCAGGGAGAUGAGGCGGAGAUGGCGGGUAUUCAGGUUGUUGGCCAGUAUGGAGAUGAUGAAUUGGUUAUGAAUGUGGGAGAGAUGUUGGAAGGGAGGCGUUUUGAUGAGGCAUCGUGA